AUGGGAGACAAGAUGAACGAGGAUAAUUGCAGUGGCUCCUGUGGCAGUAUGAAAAAGAAAACUUCAACUUCAAGCUUCUUACAACUACACUACGAAGAUGCCGAAAUUUAAUUGCAGCUGCUCUUCUUUUGUUGUCCUCUUCGCAUGACGUCGACGAGGAGCACGAGAGUCGUGUUCCUGUUGGUAUGCGUAGGUGAACAGCAGAUCAUGGAAAUGAAGGAAGUCGAAGUUUCUUCCCCUUGCAUAGAAUGCGGCAAGAACACCAGUGGAGAUGAGAAGCAGAAACUACCAGUGCAAAAACCAGCAGCGGCCGUCAUCGGUCGGUUUUACAACCCACACGAAGGACCUGAGGAAGUCGAAGGCACUGCUGCUGCUGCAGCCGGACCACACCUGGCCCCCAGUGGUGCUGACCCCGCGGCCGCGCUAUGCCUUGCAAAUGUUUCUAGGUCUAGUUGAAGGGAGGUCCCAACUUGCCCCGCACGUUCUCGUGGAUGACGGAAAAUAAACUUCUUAUGUUGCAUGCGCCCCAAAACCAAAAGUAAAAGAAAAUACGCAAGUUUCUUGCUACGCCAAUACGGAACCUGUCAUGUUGCCAGACAGGCAUCGCGACCGUGAGGCGUGUGCUACACCUGUAAAUACAGCGCAUUUGUGUGCAUAAUUCCAGACCACCAUCUGCAUGACAACUGAAAAGAAGAUCUUCAUGUGUGACAAACAGGGCGGGAACCCUUCCAGAGCCAAACGUAUUUGCAGUCGAUAGUACGCGCCGCUGCAUCAAGCUUCUUCACCCGUAGUUGCACAGCGGUCCGCUGCAACAGAGGAUCCUCUUCAGGCUGCUGCUGCUGCAAGCGGGGACCCCGCGGCCGGAGCGGCAGGAAGGCGGCCAGGCCCGGGCGACCAGGACCACCACGAGGAACAACUACAACUAGCAGGAGGGGCUCCGGUGCGUACCUCCCCACCGCCGGCCGCGGCUUCAUCUGCCGGCGCCGGACCAAGUGAUGGCACUGGGCUGCCACUAGUUGUAAAAAAAGAGCUAAGCAGCACACAUCAACUGCCUCAACGUCAACUUCGCGAGGAACCAGGAAAGAAAGGUCUUCCGCACGAUAGUGAUAUAGAUAAAGCAGGCCAUGGUGUUAAAGGUGCGCAAAAAAAAGAAGACAAGCCAGCGGCUAAAGUACUUCAUCUACAUGGCGAGAACAUGGAUAGUGGACCCACUUCGGACAAGGAUCAUGAGGAUCAACAAAAUCCGCCAUCAGCAGCUUCCAAAAACGGGGACAAGACAUCAUCUACAACUGCUCCUGCUAGUAAUCAUGCCACGCCGCCUUCUGCUCUUGGAGGCGCCCCCACUCCCGUGGAUUCUUCGAGCGCAACACAUCCGGCGCAGCCCGCUGCUGGCGCAGCCCUCUCUGCAUGUCUUGACAUGCUGGCCAAGCCCAAGACAGAUCGUGGCGGCGGCAAGUUGCGCAGCAAGAAAACGAUACCCUCGAAAAGAAACAAAGGGGAGGACGCGGAGUACGAAGGCGAGGUGAACGUCGAGGACGGCCGGCCACACGGGGAGGGCAAGCUGACGUGGCCGAACGGGGAUUUUUUUUGGAGGAUGGAGUACGAAGGGCAGUUCCAAGGAGGUUCCAUGGAUGGCUGCGGCAAGAUGGUGUAUGGGAAUGUGCCGAUGUGCCUCCCUUCCGUCAGAGCCGAGCCACCCCGAUUAGGGACGUAUGAAGGGCAGUGGAAGAACGACAAGAGAGAAGGCGAGGGCGUGCACACGUAUCCGGACGGGGCGACUUACAGGGGGCAGUGGUACUUAGACCUCCAACACGGAGAGGGCGAGUACACGUGGCCGGGCGGGUCGGAAAGUUACAAGGGGGAGUAUAAGGACGGCAAGCCUCAUGGCCGUGGCUUGUACACGUGGCCGACCGGGGAUACGUAUGAGGGGCAGUGGGAGCACAACCAGCGUCACGGCGAGGGCGUGCACACGUGGCCGGACCGGACGAGCUGGCACGGGGAGUUUAAGGAAGAUCGGGUAGACGCCAGCAUCAAAGGCAAGUGCAUCCCGCAGGGCGACAGCGGCCUGGCUGUGGAUGGCAAAAGCUUCGCGGAAUGCGCCCCGAAGCCGACAAACACAAACUUAUGCUAAGACGGUUGUGGGAGUGAUGGCGACGUCGAUGAUGGCCAUCAGCUACCAAUGGAUCGCUGCAGGAGCCGUCGGACAGUGUCACUUUAUGUGCUGCGCAUCAGUUCGACAAAGCGAAAACAGCGCACGAAGAUGAAUAGUGCCGCGGGUUUCUAUUUGUUUCCCGCGUAUGUCUUUGUCGAUGUUGAUGCGAAUUUCGCUGCCUAUCAGCAUACCCUCGAGCUCGAGCUGCAGCGGCCAGUGAAUUUUGAGGCCUAGUGUCAGAACUUCUGGAGAUAGCAGCGUCACACGUCGACUUGCUGCGCGCCAACUUGCUUCAUCUCUAUUCCCAACUACAUCCAACUUUGAACUGAUUUUUGCGGCGAGCUGCGGUCCAGCUUCUAUUUUUCACGUGUAUUUGUUCCCAAGACAUACUAAUGCUUUGUGUCCGGUUUUUUUUUUCUAAUUCGUUUCCAUUUUCAUCCCAUAUACUUUUGACGACAAUUUCAAGAAUGUGAGCAAGUGCUUCCAUAAAUUUCCAUCUAACAUUAAAGACUCGUGCAAUAAAAUUGAUUUUGAUCAUUUUUUUUUUAGCAGUAGCGCUAGACUUGCUGUAUCUGUAUUAACCCUUUUCCUUUCAUCUGACUCUGAGCCCCAACUCCAUUUUAAGAACCCUAUUUGAAGAUGAAGACGCCAGCAUUUUUCGGAGCGCUCAACCACUAGACGCGGUCGCCAAGAGCGACCCAGCUCACUUUUAAAAACCUCCGUGUGCUCGUGUCUGAAUGAAGACGAUAAACCAUAAAUCAAAUGCAACCUAUCGCCGUCAGGCAAGUUUUUGACUGGCGUUAGCAUGCUGCAUGAAGAAAAC